AUGUUUAAUUUUAUUCUAUAUGAUUUAAAUUUUACACCAAAAAAAAAUUUAAUAUAUAGAAGUAAAUAUAUUAAAGAGUACACAUAUAAUUAUAUUAAUUAUGUCGUUAGUAAUAAAGAAAUAAAAUAUUUUUUAUUUGAAUUUUUAACUCAUAGAUGUUCUGUACCUUUUUUAGGAAUAUUAUAUUUUAUAUUAAUAUUUUCAGGUACAUUUUAUUAUACAAGCAUCUCAACAUACGAAAUAAAAGAAGAAGCAUAUUGUAGAUUUUUAUCUGAGCACGAUUAUGUAAAAGAUUAUUCAGAAGAAAAUAUGUUGAGCCGUAUAUUCAGAAAAAUUCUUUUAAGGAAAAAAGAACAACAUAAAAAGUUUGAAGAUGAGCAAGAAGAUGAGAGAUUUUUAUUUUCUAAAUUUAGUAUUAAGGACAAAUGGAGUAAGAACAAACAUAAUUCAUCUAUAGGAGAUGAUAUAAAUUCAGAAUAUUGGAGUAAAGAUAAUUUAAUGUAUAAUAUAAAAUUAUUGAAAAAUGAAAAAAUUGAAGUGAAUGAUUAUGAUACUUCUGAUGAUUGUGAUGAUGAUAAAAUAGUUAAAUAUCCAAAGAUUUUGAAAGAAAGAAAUAAUUCAAAACCUAUUUUCAAUUGGCACUUAGGUAAGAGUUCUUUACUUAAAAUGUUAGAUAAUUCAGAAAAUUUUAGUAUAGGUGGUGUAAAAUAUAAGAAUUGGGAUUUGAUUCCUAUUUUACCACCUAAUAAUAAUAAAAUUGAUAAAAAACUUCAUAAAAUGUUUAAAGCUUCAAUUAGUGCUAGGUAUGGAUUAAAAAGUAAAACAAUGAAAUUUUUUAUUAAGAAAAUACCAAUUUCCAUAUGGGUUAAACAAUAUAAUUUAAUGACUGAAUAUGAUGGGGAAUAUUUAUUAGCUGGAGAAAAUGCCGUAAUGGAAGCUAUGGCAUUAGCUUUCUUAAAUGAAUAUCAUCCAAAUAUAGCACCUAAAUUUUAUAAAUUAUUAUAUGAAGAAGAAAAUAAGACUUCUAGUGGAAGUAUAUUAGAUAAUGAUAAUUUUUAUGAUUUGAAUAUAUUUAAUGAUUUUUUAUCUGAAAAAUUAAAUGGAAAUACAAAUGGUAAUAUUGUUAUGAUAUCUGAAUAUUACGGUGAAGAUAUUUUCGAUUUUAUUUUAAGAGAAACAGAAGGAUUUAAUACAUUUUUAAAUAAAAAUAAGAAAAAAAAAAUUUUACAUGAAAGUUUAAAUUUAUUAGUAAAAUUACAUGAUGCAGGAUUUUCACAUCUUGAUUUAUCACCUGAAAAUAUAUUAAUAUCAGAUAAAUAUCAAAUGCUUUUUUGUGAUUUUGCUAAAAGUACACCUCUUUAUAGUUUUAAAUUAAGACAUCUUAAACAUUUAGAAGGUUUAUAUUCAUUUGAAUCAUGUGAACCUAGUAUUGGUAAAAUUGAAUAUAUGCCACCUGAAUGUUGGAAUUUACUUAGGAGAUAUAAAAAAAUGAAAAUCAAAGAUCCUAUCAAAAAUUUAAACUAUAUUACAGAUCAAGAAAAAAGGAAAGAUUUUUAUUAUGAUGUUUCUAAUGCUGAUAAAUAUAUGCUUGGGGUGUUUUUCAUUUGGGUAUGGAAUAAUGGAUAUUUAUGGUCCCGUUCUGAUCCUGAACAAGAUCAUGUCUUUUAUGAGCUUUCACAAGCUGAUAUGAAUUUUAAUAUGUUAGAGAAGACUAAAAAAUGGCCAGAUGACUUUAAAUUUAUCCUCAAGGUAACAAUAACAUGA